UACAUCGCGGCCGUUUGAUACCCUUUUAUACCCUUGAAAGAGGGAUAGUGUUCUAAAAUUGUUGCAGCGCGCGCACGCGUAUUAAAGUUGUUUUUUUUUUGUUUGUUUGUUGCGUUCUACGGGGCUGUUAUUUUUUUAAGUGGUUCUAGCAAUUGUGUUUUUUGUUGCCGUUUUAAGAUUCGAGGUCUUGCGCCUGUCUGGUUUGUGGACAUCCGACACUUUUGGGACAUUCUUUUAAUACAUUUUAAUGUGAAACAAAUGUGUUGAUGCAGCAGCAUCUGUUGUGCCCGCGACUGUGUCCUGUGCACGAACGUGUUGUGUGUGUGUGUGGUGGCAUUCCAGUGCUUCUUGCGUCUCUGCCUGUGUCUGUGUGUGUGUGUGGAGUGUGCCACACUGAAGUACUGUUGCUGCAACUAAAAACCAAAUCAAAAGUUAACCAAGCGACAAUGUGAUGCGCGACAGUGAUGAACGACACAAAACAAAAGCAGCAACAACAGCAGCAAGCGAGAGAAACAACAACAGCGACGACUAUUGCAACCACAAAACAGAGAUAUCAAAGAAGAGAAAGAAAUAAGAAAAAAAAACGUUGACUACAAACGCGGAAAUGCACUUGAGCGCAUAAUUUUUAUAAACCAAGCGACAAAACAACACCAGCAAACAAAACAAAAAAAAAACAGCAACAAAAGAAGCAGAAGAAGAAGCAGCAACAGAGCAAGAAAUUGCUUGUCAGCAAAUUGCAGACGAAAAAGGAGAAGAAGAGAAUAUACCUGCACAUAAACGAACGGACGGACGGGACGGAGGCCACUCUGCUCUCUCUUUCUGUCUCCUUUUUGUGUGCGAGUGUGUGAGUGUUGUAUGUGCGUGAGUGUGUGUGUGUGUAUGUGUGCAAUGAUCAGCGAGGCGCCUGCGCACAGCAGCAGCAGCAAAGACCAUUGAAAACAACGGGUGCACACACCAAAAUGUUUCAGGCGGCCGCCAGUGACGCUAGCAUUACAACAACAACAAACACAGACGUAACAGCAACGCCAGAGGAAAAAACGCAACGGCGUCGUUCCACAUUCUACGUGCCAUUAGUGAUCGAAGACGAAGAAGAGGAGAAAGCGGAGGGAAUAAAGAAGCAAAACCCGAAGGACUCCUCCCCCUACGGCGGCAGCAGCAGCAGCUCCAGCCUGAGUAGCAGCAGCAACAACAACAACAAUAACACACCCGAACAUACCACACGUCAUCCCCCCCAAAAGCAGUCCUCCUCAUCGAAACACUUUGUCCUAAGGAAAUCCGGUUCCGUUAAGAGCGGAGUAGCCAAGGUGAGUGCGCUCUUUGAGCGCAGCCACAGCAGUGGUAGCCAGAGUGGAGGAGGCAAGGUCACCAAAAUGUCACCGCCGUGCGGCUUCAAUUGGAGCAUCAGCGGCAGCGAGAAUGCCGCCCAGUAUUCCGACUCGGAUGAUGAUGAGGAGCAUUCGUUGGAGGCGAUGCAUCGCGAACAGUUGCUCAAAUCGCUGCCAUCGGCGGCAGCAUCUUCCACGGCCUCACCCUCGAAGCUGAAGCGAUAUGGUAUCGUGUUGAAUGUGAUCAGCCUCAAUGGCAGCAGCGAUUGCGAUUCGGAGGGGGUGGUCCUGGGGCCGCCCAGGCUGAUGGUGCCCGCCGCCGCUCUCAGGACCCACUCUAAUGAGGAUCAGGACAUUGCGAUGGCAAAUCCGACACCGCCAAAGCAGCAGGCCCUCUCCUUAUCCCCAGCCCAUUCGCGUCAGUCGUCGUCGGGCGUAUCAUCGGUAAACCAAGGUGGUGGAACCACAGCGAAUGACGACGACGAUGACUCAGAGAUAAGUCGCAUGCAGACGAACACCUCGACGCCCAUCAAGCUGAUGAAGUCGCGAUCGCGUACGAAUAUACUCGCCGUACCGCUGCCCAGUGUGGAGAGAGGGCUCGCAACAGCAGCUGCUACUGCGUCAUCACCUGGCGGCGGCAGCAGCAGUUCCACGACAACGACAACCACAACGCUGAUUACGCUCCGAGCCAAAUCGAAGACCCUACCCCAGAACCUAUCCCCGUCAGUAGCACUUCGCGAGGCAUCCGCUCUACACCAGCCGUAUCCGCAUCCACAUCAGCACAACCUGCCCAAACAGCGGCAACUAUUCGGUGGGAGUACGGCAAGCCAUUUGCCAGAGCAAAGUGCUUCCUCGCCCUACAAGCUGCAGGGCAGCUCCUCGGCCACAUCGAUAAUCACGCACAGUUUCCCGCCGAAGAACCUCUUUCUGCUCAAGUCGACGCCCAGGCUGACGGCCGCGGAUGCCACUGCUGGUGGCACGUGUCCACCGCCGGUGCACACAUCAGCGAUCUGCUCGCCGCCCAAGAAAUCGCUCAGCUUUAUUCGACGCGCCCACUCCACGAAGGUGUCGCGCAGCAAUUCCCUGCUAAAGACCAUCGGGGGAGGAGUGGGAGCGGGAUCGGCAGGAGGUGGAGGAGGAGAAGUGGCGUCUGCGCACCAGAGUCUCUUGAUGAUGCACUCAAGCAGUCAGUUUUCGCUGUCGGCGUCGUCCAGCUGUGCUGGCGACAGUGGCAUCGGCACCGGCAGCUGGGGCAAGCACUUUUAUCUGCCCUACGAUGUCUGCCCCCUGGGUCUGGACGAGCUGAACAGCUACUUUCAAACGGAUCACUGCGAGGAGCUCAUUUGUGAGCGUUUCAAGAUCAAGGAUCUGGUGAUGCAUGCCACAGCGAAUGCCUCGGUCACGGCCGGCGAAGGAUGCACCACAACAACAACAGUGGAUGAGGAGGAUACAACAGUGACAGCGGACGAUGAUGCGGGACAUCAUUCUGAUACUUCCUAUGAGAAGGCCUGUCGUCGGGGAUCAGCGCCCACAACGCCCAUUUUGGGUAGCAAACAGCAUCAGCAGCAGGAGCACAAUGCCACAUCGCGUUUUACAAAUUUCUUUACCAAAAAAUCCAAUCCUUUGAAGCGUACCAAAUCGGUGACCAAACUGGAACGCACAAAGCGUGGAUCGGGCGGAUUGAGAGGCUCUCGUUCGCAUGAGAGUCUGCUAUCGAGUCAUGCGGUCAUGUCCACAAUUGAUCUCUCCUGCACUGGGGCUGUGGGUGUGGCACCCGUCCAUCAAUCGGUGCUGGGACGCAGACAUUGCUUCCAAGUGCGCGGCGGACCACGCGGCGAACGCUACUACUCGUGCGGAUCGCGGCAGGAGCGUGACCUAUGGAUAUAUUCGCUGCGCAAAUCGAUAGCCCCGAAUGCAGAGCACACCCGUCGCACCGACAACUCCCUGAAGAUGUGGGUGUACGAGGCCAAGAAUCUGCCCGCCAAGAAGAAGUACUUUUGCGAACUGCAGCUGGACAAGACACUGUAUGGGCGGACGAGCGUCAAGCUGCAGACGGAUCUGUUGUUUUGGGGCGAGCAUUUCGAUUUCCCGGACAUACCGGAGAUCAAUGUGAUCACCGUGAAUGUGUUCCGGGAGGUGGACAAAAAGAAGAAGCGGGACAAGUAUCAGUUUGUCGGCUCCGUGAAGAUACCCGUGCAUGAGGUGACCUCGCGGCUGCCCUGCGAGCACUGGUAUCCGAUACUCAGCGAGAAGGCCGGCGAUAGCCUUGGCCGGCACUCGGGCAAUGGCAAGGAGAGCAACGGCAGCGGCGGCAAGGAUCGCGAGAAGGAGCAGGUACCAACGCUGCGCAUCAAAUGCCGUUUGCAGAGCACCGACAUCCUGCCAAUCAAUAUCUACGGCAACUUUCUGGCCUAUCUGAAGGAUAAUUACAAGCGCGUGUGCGAGACGCUCGAACCGGUGAUUGGUGUCAAGGCCAAGGAGGACAUUGGCCAGGCCUUGGUCCUGCUGAUGCAUGCCCAGGGGCUCGCCGGCGCCUUCCUCACCGACGUGGUGGCCCUCGAUCUGUUGCGCGUGGGUGAUCAAAGGCUCACGUUCCGUGGUAAUUCCCUGGCCACCAAAAGCAUGGAGGCAUUCCUGAAGCUGACGGGCGAACAGUAUCUGCAGGACACCCUCUCGGCGCCCAUUAACGAGCUUAUCCAUUCGGAGCGCGACUGCGAAGUGGACCCCACAAAGGCGAGUGGCUCCUCGGCGGGGUCCCUGCAGCGCCAGCAGGCGGCUCUGCGUGCCGCCGUCCGGAAUGCCUGGCAAUGCAUCUACGAGUCGCACAAGCAUUUCCCCGCCCAGCUGCGCAAUUGCUUUGCCACGUUCCGCGAGCGUCUGCAGCAGCUGGGGCGUCAGGAUAUGGCCGACAAUUUGAUAUCGGCCAGCAUUUUUCUGCGAUUCCUGUGCCCGGCCAUACUGUCGCCGUCUCUGUUUAAUAUCACCAGCGAACUGCCGUCGGCGCGGGCCACACGCAACCUCACGCUCGUCGCCAAGACCCUCCAGACGCUGGCCAACUUCACCCGCUUCCAGGGCAAGGAGAACUUUAUGGAGUUCCUGAAUGAUUUCCUCGAACAGGAGGCCGAUCGCAUGCAGCAGUUCCUGGAGAUAAUCUCCACGCGACCAGAGCACCCGACCCCCGACUCGAUACUGGAUUGGGCGGGGUACAUCGACCAGGGCAAGCAGCUAUCGAUUCUUCAUAGUCUGCUCAGCGAGAGUCUGGCCAAGCUGCCGGAGGCACGACAGCACGAGCUGGAUCCCCUGCAGCAUAUCCUCGAUGACAUAACCAAGACCAGAGAGCAGGGAAGCCUCGGGAUGGCACUGCCAGGGGGAUAUCUGCCCACAUCCACGCAUUCGAUAGCCACCAGCGAGAAUCAGGAGAACCGACAGCCCAGCAGCACUGGAGGGGGCAUGGUCAUGGGAAUGGGAAUGGCUAUGGCUGCCAGCUCCUCCUCGUCAGCUGGCGGGGGUCUGGCCGAGCUGCUGCCACAGCAGACACAGCUGGCACAGCCGCAGCAUGCGAUUGUGAGCAAACCCCUGUCCGCAGAGCGGGGCAUCAUGAGGGGUGUCCUGACUCCCAAUUCUCUGGAGAAGAAUAUCUUUCGGUAUAACGAUCCCACAGUCAAUGGAAUACUCCUCCAACAGCAGCAGCAACAACAGCAGCAACAGCAUCCGAUGCAGUUGCUCUCUAACUCACAGAGCUCCAUUGCAGGAGUGGGGGUGGGGCAGCAGUACGUCGGAGGACUGCAGCAUGCCCAAUCGCAGAGUUCAAUGGCUUCAUCAUCGUUGAAUGGCAGCAGCAGCAAUCUGUUGCAUUCGCAUACGCAGCAAACAGCAACAACAACAGCUCACUCGCAUCAUCCGUCGCAGCAUCUGCACUGUCCGCCAGGACCGCAGACGAGUGCCUCGAGUACAAUGGAACGUAUGGAUCGCAUGGAACGUCUCGGUCAGUCCUAUCAGUAUGUGGUCAAUGGCUCUGGGCAUAUCCAUGGCCAUGGCCAUGGCCAUCAGAAUGGCAACGAGUACGAGGGCAGCCACAGUCAGAGUCCCUCAUCCACCACCAGAUCCAGGACACUGCCACGGAAUGGGAAUGGUAAUGGCAAUGGCCAUGGAAGUCCUGGCAAUGGCGCUGGCAAUCCGAAUAACAAUAACAACAGCAGCUAUGAUGAUAUGCAUGACAGGGAGUUCCAGAUCCAGAUCUCUGGCCUCGACACAAGCAGCGCUUUUGUACGCAAGUCACCCACGCCCAUGAUGAAGUCCACGAGCGGUGGGGGACUGGGUGGUGUGAGCGGGGGUGCGGGACGCAUGCAUCAGCAUAAACUGAAUCUGGGAAUACCGGAUCACUCCGGAUCGGGAUCGGGAACGGGCUAUCCGCGACAGCAGCAGCAGCUCCAGUCGAACCUCAAUCCCAACUCGAAUAUGCCCAAGAAUCUGGAGGAUCUUGAUGAUCUCUUCAAGUAUGCGGAAGAGCAUGAUGUGGCAGAGCAUCACCAGCAUACCCAGCAGGGAGGACACCUAAAGCCCAUGCCCGCAGCAGCUGCAGCUGCAGCAGCAGCAGCUCCAGGGAGCAGCUCCUCCAUCAAGGAGCAACUGUCGGCCAAGAGCAGCCACUGCAGCUCUGGCUAUCAGAGCAUCUCCACCAAUCCGUCGCCCUCGCAGUCCUCCAGUCCCGUGGAGAGCCAGCUGAAGGCAGCAAUGAAUCAUCCGCAUCACAAUGCACCGCUGGCCUUCAAGAAUCCCUCGUAUCAGCUGCAGAAUGGACCUCAGCCCAGAGGAGGAACCACCGCUUCAUCCACAGCCACUCCUCAACAGCAGCAGCAGCAGCAGUUUGGCCAGCGCCUGAAGAAGCCUCUCGGUGCUGGGGUGGUGGCCGCCCGUGCCGCCUUCCUCAACAGCGGUGGUGCCUUGGAUCCGGCCACCCUGACUCCCAGCUCCUCGGACGAGCAGCUGUCGGCGGAGAAUUACUACAGCUAUGCGGCGGCCGCGGCUGCCGGAGCAGGUGCCGCUUCCACCAAAAUGGAAGCCCAGCGUUCCCUCAGCGGCGGCAGUAGCUCCUCGGCGUCGGCAUCGGUCUCGAAUCUGGGUGGCAAAGGCUCAGCCUCAGCAUCGGCGUACGGACGGCUCAACGGUGGGGGGCCACUGAAGCGCGAGGAUGUUUACGGCAGUGCCGGGGGCGUGAGCAUUGGCUAUGCCAUGUCCACACCCGGACACCAUCAGCAUCCGCAUCCGCAUCACCACCAACAGCUGGUUCAGCAGCAGCAGCAGCUGCAGGAGCAUAUGAAGCAGCAGUAUCCUGGAAGCACGGCCGGCAGUGUGGGCUCCUCGACCUCGGCGGCCCAGCGACGUCUCAGCCUGGAUUCGGCGCGCACGCUCUCUGACAGCAGCACGGACACAGAGGGACACUGCAGUCAACUGCAGGAGGGGAAGCGACGGCGUCAGUUGCGCAGCAGCGGAGGAGGUGGAGGUGGAGGAGGAGCAGGCAGCACCUCGGAAUCGGGACUGGGAAAGGUCUACGAUCAGAAUGGGGAGAUUCAGCUGCUGCAGCAGACGCUGGACACGCUGCGGCACACCCUCGACAGGGACGAGGCCGAGCUGCGGGACUCCAGCGAUGAGUUGUUCCUGCAACGGGCCGCCGGUAGCAACGGCAGCAAUGGUAGCAACAAUCUGAGCCUCCAGUCCGAGUCCACCAUGCGCAGCAUCAUCGAUAGACUCAUUACCAUGGAGGAGGAGCUGCGUCGAGAGCAGCUAAAGAUGUCGCUGGCGCUGUCCCACAAGCAGCGCGUCAUCGAGGAGCAGGGCCAGCAGAUUGCGGCACUGGAUGCGGCCAAUAGUCGACUCCUGAGCGCCCUCACCGCCCUGCGACAGCGAUACGAGACCCAGCAGCAGGCGCAGCAGCAGCAGCAGCACCAAACGCCACCACCAAAGAACCAGAAGCCACAGUGAAUGACGAGGACGAACAGAAACAGGAACAGGAGCAGGGGAAUGACGAACGCUGGGGAGCCGUGAAGAUACAGAUACAGACGGUGUGGCACCACAAGAUACAAAGAUACUGUCUCUUAAGGACAUACCACACCACACCGUCAACGUUUUCGUCUUAAGGAUACUUUUUGUUUAUUUUUUUUUAGAACUUUUUUUUUUGUGUGUGUAUGCUACAUAAAUUAUACUACAUGUUUAAUAUAUAAACUACAGAUAUAUACAGAUACACAUAUGGUCUGCACAUAUAUUAUAAAUAAUUUCUCAAUAUAUGUUUAAACAAAAGAAGAAACGUGAAAUGUGAAAACAAACCAUCCACUCCCCCUCUCACACACGGCUAAAAGAUGAAGCGCAUGAAACAGAAGAGAAGAUCAAAAAGGGAAAGCCAAGCCAAGCCGCUGGUGAGGAAGGAGGGGGUGAGAAGGAAGGAUGUUGUGUGAAGGACGAACAAGUUAAGAUAUUGAAUAAAAUUAUAACCAAAGUU